AUGCUGGACUAUCUGGACUAUACCAACAUCAUAAUGAUGGGCGAUAUGAAUGGGGUGGUUUCUACUCACAUGGAUAAGUCACAAAAUCAAAAUUUAACUAAAGACGGCAGACUACCUAAAACCUUCUUUGAACUAACUGAUAACAUGGACUUGAUUGAUAUUUGGAGGACAAGGAACCCCUUAGGUAAAGAAGGAACAUUCUUUUCUGAGGCCCACCUAUCAUGGACAAGAAUCGACCAAAUAUGGACAACUAGAGGACUGGCACCUAAGAUCAGAAAAGUGGAAAUCUGUCCAAAGACUUGCUCCGACCAUAAUGCUUUGAAAGUGGAAUUGAGACUUACUCCAACCGGUUCUUUCAGAUGGAAAAUGAAUGACACCCUACUAAGAGAUCAGGAGAUUGUGAAGAAGGCCCAAAAACUUUAA